CGGGUCCGCCAUGGCCGCGAACUGCGCGGGGGCCGCGGGGACGGCGGCGGGAGCCGUCGCCGCCGUGGGCUCGGCCCUGAGCGCCAGCAAGACUAAGACCAAGAAGAAACACUUCGUGUGCCAGAAGGUGAAGCUGUUCCGGGCCUCGGAGCCGCUGCUCAGCGUCCUUAUGUGGGGGGCGAACCACACGAUCAAUGAGCUCAGCAAUGUUCCCGUCCCCGUCAUGCUAAUGCCCGAUGACUUUAAAGCCUACAGUAAGAUUAAGGUGGACAAUCAUCUAUUCAACAAGGAGAACCUGCCCAGCCGCUUCAAAUUCAAGGAGUAUUGUCCCCUGGUGUUCCGGAACCUCCGGGAGAGAUUUGGGAUCGAUGACCAGGACUACCAGAACUCGGUGACACGCAGCGCUCCAGUGAACAGCGACAGCCAGGGCCGCUGUGGCGCGCGCUUCCUCACCACCUACGACAGGAGGUUCGUCAUCAAGGCCGUGUCCAGCGAGGACGUGGCAGAGAUGCACAACAUCCUCAAGAAGUACCACCAGUUCAUUGUGGAGUGCCAUGGGAACACACUGCUGCCCCAGUUCCUGGGCAUGUACCGGCUCACCGUGGAUGGCGUGGAGACCUACAUGGUGGUCACCAGAAACGUCUUCAGCCACAGGCUGACUGUGCACAGGAAGUACGACCUGAAGGGUUCAACAGUAUCCAGGGAAGCAAGUGAUAAAGAGAAGGCCAAGGACCUCCCGACCUUCAAGGACAACGACUUCUUGAAUGAGGGUCAGAAGCUGCAUGUUGGAGAAGACAGUAAAAAGAACUUCCUUGAGAAGCUGAAGCGGGAUGUGGAGUUUUUAGCCCAGCUGAAGAUCAUGGAUUACAGCCUGCUGGUGGGCAUCCAUGAUGUGGACCGGGCCGAACAGGAGGAGAUGGAGGUGGAGGAGCGGGCAGAGGAUGAGGAGUGUGAGAAUGAUGGGCUGGGGGGGAACCCCAUCUCCUCCUAUGGGACCCCCCCCGACAGCCCCGGCAACCUCCUCAACUACCCCCGGUUCUUCGGGCCCGGGGAGUUCGACCCCUCCGUGGAUGUGUAUGCCAUGAAGAGCCACGACAGUGCCCCCAGGAAGGAGGUUUAUUUCAUGGCCAUCAUCGACAUCCUCACACCCUACGACACCAAGAAGAAAGCUGCACACGCUGCCAAGACAGUGAAACAUGGGGCCGGGGCAGAGAUCUCCACGGUGAAUCCGGAGCAGUACUCAAAGCGCUUCAACGAGUUCAUCUCCAGCAUCCUGACAUAGGGGCACAUCCUGCUGCAGGGCUGCAGGCAGGCCUGGGGGCUGCUCCUGCAGCCUGAGACAGCACAGACACUGCAGCAGCACCGGGGCACACCUGUGGCACCGUGUGGGGCACGUGUGGCACCGUGUGACAAAACCCAUCCUCAUCCUCGCUGCGCCCGCUGCACCUCUGGGUUUGGUGUUCCAGAAGUGCCCAGAUCUCACAUUUGAGGGCUUUUCCAAACAAGCCAAGUGCAUUGUUCCAGCACUGCUCUUUCUGCCCAGUGACGUUUUUUCCUCUCUGCUGAGGGGCUGGGACACGUGUGGCACUGUCCCCAAGGGGUCACAUUCAGCAGUGCCUGACUCACAAACCACUCCUUGUUUUUUGUGUUGUUGUUGUUGUUGUUUUAUUGGACUGGCUUGGCCAGAAAAAGAAAAAAAAAAAAAACCUUUAUUUCCCUCUCGGUAGGAAUUGGAAGGAAAAUAGCUCACCAUUUCAGGGAUGGAAAAUAUAACUGAUAAAAAGGAGGAGUCGCUGAACUUUAGGUAAAUUCAGACUGGGACACUUUCUAUUUUUUUGGUUAAUUUAAGUAACGAAAAAGAAAAGGAAAAAAAAAACAAACCACUUUUUUGUAACUGCACUUGAUUUACAAGAAAGGUGAGGGAAAUGAACAUCUACCAAAGAUGAUGUCUGAAAAAAAAAAAAAGGUAUAACUCAAAAACAAGCAGAGAACUGAGAGAGGCAUUGACCAACCUCAGCUCAUUAUGUGCUCGGACCUGGGGUUAUUUUAAUUGGCCAGCUCUGAAGAUUUUCUUAAAAGAAGAGGAAAAACAAAUAUUUUAAAAAAGGCAUUUUUGUACCUGUAGAUCCAGGCUAAGAUUUUGGGCCACUUCCUCAGCCAGGAAUGGCUCUGAGGUCACCAUCACAAUCCUGCCAGUGUUAAUUAGCUAACUAAUUAUUCAGUCUUCCUUCCCCACCUCACCUGCAACAGGUACUUGAAUCUGUGUCCUGACAGAGGUUGCUGGGUUGGUUUUUUUGUGUUUUAUUUUUAAAAAAUGUGACUUGCACAGAAGGAAUUGGCCUGGCUGCCAGCGGGGAGUGCUGGAGGCUGGGCUCAUCCUGCUCCCAACCCCCUGAGUGACCCUCCAGGAGUGGAAAUGGUUGAACUCUCACACCAGAUUUCUUUUCCAGCCCCCCCCGAAGGAUUUUGGGACUGAUUGGAGUGACUGAAAUCGUCCUGUUUUGUCUACUUUAACCUUUUCACAGCCAAGCUC